CCCGGGGACCGCAGCAGGCUGAGCGGCGCUGCUAGUGUCAGAGCCGGGCGAGCGCUGGCAGUUCCGCGGCGGGGAUGCUGAAGAGCGCUGGUUUGGCGAGCAGCCGUGGCCACUGCGGACUUCCGAGGCACUCCGGGCCGUGAAAACCCCUGGGCCGAGGCCAAUCCCAGGCUCCCGAGGCCAUUCACCGUUCUAGAAGCCGGCCGAGGGGAGAGUCCGGCGGAGAAGCUGCUGUCCGGAUUCUGGGCUUUCGGAGUGUUCUGGAACCCCGAGAGACACCCCGGGGCUCUAGAACCUCCCCAGCGGCCCCCAGUCCCCGCUUCCUGUGUGCGUCCGUCCCAAACCCCCUCGGGUGCACGGGUCACCGGCGAGCAGUGGCCGGAUCCUGGCACACACCAUGAUCGUUGCAGACUCCGAGUGCCGCGCAGAGCUGAAAGGCUACCUGCCGUUCGCCCCGGGCGGCGGCGGCGGCGGCCCCGGGGCCGGAGAGGAGCAGAGGGAAAGCCGGGCUCGGCGAGGCCCCCGAGGGCCCAGUGCCUUCAUCCCGGUAGAGGAGGUCCUUCAGGAGGGACCAGAGAGCCUGGAGCAGCACCUGAGGCUUGAGGCACUGAUGUCCUCGGGGCGGGUGGACAACCUGGCUGUGGUGAUGGGCCUGCACCCUGACUACCUUACCUGCUUCUGGCGCCUGCACUACCUCUUGCUACACACAGAUGGGCCCCUCGCCAGCUCCUGGCGCCACUACAUUGCCAUCAUGGCUGCCGCCCGCCACCAGUGUUCCUACCUGGUGGGUUCCCACAUGGCCGAGUUUCUGCAGACUGGCGGUGACCCUGAGUGGCUGCUUGGUCUCCACCGGGCCCCUGAGAAGCUACGCAAGCUCAGUGAGAUCAACAAGUUGCUGGCACACCGGCCGUGGCUCAUCACCAAGGAGCACAUCCAGGCCUUGCUGAAGACAGGCGAGCACAGCUGGUCUCUGGCCGAGCUCAUCCAGGCCCUGGUCCUGCUCACCCACUGCCACUCACUGGCCUCCUUCGUGUUUGGCUGUGGCAUCCUCCCUGAGGGGGACUCCGAAGGCAGCCCUGCCCCCCAGGCACCUUCACCCCCCAGUGAGCAGAGCAGCCCCCCCAGCAGGGACCCACUGAACAGCUCUGGGGGCUUUGAGGCUGCCCGGGACGUGGAAGCUUUGAUGGAACGCAUGAGGCAGCUGCAGGAGAGCCUAUUACGGGAUGAGGGAGCAUCCCAGGAGGAGAUGGAGAGCCGCUUUGAGCUGGAGAAGUCAGAGAGCCUUCUGGUGACUCCCUCAGCUGACUUCCUGGAGCCCUCUCCACACCCAGACAUGCUGUGCUUUGUGGAGGACCCCACGUUUGGAUAUGAGGACUUCACCCGGCGAGGGGCUGAGGCGCCCCCCACCUUCCGUGCCCAGGAUUACACCUGGGAAGACCACGGCUAUUCAUUGAUCCAGCGGCUUUACCCGGAGGGUGGGCAGCUGCUGGAUGAGAAGUUCCAGGCAGCCUACAGCCUCACCUACAACACCAUCGCCAUGCACAGCGGGGUGGACACGUCCGUGCUCCGCAGGGCCAUCUGGAAUUACAUCCACUGUGUGUUUGGUAUCAGAUAUGAUGACUAUGACUACGGGGAGGUAAACCAGCUCCUGGAACGGAACCUCAAGGUCUAUAUCAAGACUGUGGCCUGCUACCCCGAGAAGACCACGCGAAGAAUGUACAACCUCUUCUGGAGACACUUCCGCCACUCAGAGAAGGUCCACGUGAACUUGCUGCUCCUGGAGGCCCGCAUGCAGGCCGCCCUGCUCUACGCCCUCCGUGCCAUCACCCGCUACAUGACCUGACUGCGAGCAGGAUCUGCGCCCCGAGCAGCUGCCCCUGGGGGCAUCCUCCUCCCUGCAAGGACUUCUCUGUCUGGAGAUGGACCUGAUCCCUCUCUGUCCCAGGCCCUCCCACCCCACUCUGGAGGUGGGCCUGUGUGCAACAUGCAGCCCCUGAGCCGUACCCUCCCUUUCUCUCACUGGAAUGGACAGGAUCGUUGCACUGACUCUGGGAUCACAGUUCUACCCCUGGGAGCUGGAAGGGGACUAGCAGAUCCCCAGGGACCAUGCCCUCCGUCCUGCCCCUGACCUCAGAGGCAGAAGGCUCAGGAAGGGAAAUGAGCUGAGCUCAGAUGCAUGUACCCAGCAGUCUGGGCCGCAGGCAUCACCAGUCCUGUGGCCUUCCUGGCCUGGGAAGUCUCUGGCUGGGCCAAAGAGGAGAGGGACAAGUACCUCCAGGGACUGACACUCCAAGCAGCUUUGCCUUUCCUCCUCCUCCCUUGCUCCCAGAUCUCGAAACCUCUCCCUUGCCGUUCACCCAUCAAUGUGAAAGUCAGUGUCACAGCGGGACUGUGUGUUCCGCUCCCCAAAAGCCUGUUCUGACAGGCAGUCUGAACACCCCUUUUCCUGGGUGGCCCUAACCCUGGUUUAGCACCUUUGACCUUUGACCUCCCCUUCACCCUCUUACCCAUUUCCCCCCUGCCUGCUGGUAGGAGGCCCCAGAAGAGAGACCAAGCCCCUCAAAAAAGUAGAUUAUCUCUAGAGAGUUUGGGGUGUCUAUGUGUCCCUUUGCCUUCCGAAGAGAAGGGAGUAUUACCAGUGCCCUAUUUCUGGUUCUUUCUUGGGGAGGUUCUUCGGGACCUCACCUCGAUAGCCACAGUCAAUGCCUGAGAGGAGGACAGGAAGAAAUCUGUUCUCCCCAGAACUGCGCCAGCCCUGCAGAGACUGGCUCCCCACUCUCCUGUCUCCCACAGCGCUGCCACAGACCUUGUCCACCAAGUGAGCCUUUCUGGGUGGCUUCAGAGUCAGAGUCAGGAGACCCCAAGGUUCUUGUCUGGGUCCUGCCCAAACUGGCCAGCUGACCGUGGCUACGUUGCCAAACCUCUUCGACCUCUGCAUAGAUAGUUGCAAACGGGGGGCCGGGACUCUCUGUGAUGUCUGAGUCUACUCUGGGCUGCUCAGGCCAACCUGCCAGCUGAAACUGUAAAUCUUGCAGAAUCUCAAGAGGCCUCUGGGGAUAGCCCGGCCUUGCAGGCAGUCUCUCCCAGCUGCCUUCCUAGGACAAACCCCCCACCCCAUCCCCCAUCCCCGUUUCCAUCCCUGCCUUGAUUUUAGGUGGAUUGCUUGGAGGCAGAAGCAGCCAAGGACCGAUCCCAGGCACUUUUCUGUAGCAAAUAAGCUGUGAAUGAUGACGUCCCUUGCCCCUCUUCUGACAGUAUGUGCCUCCUCUCUGCCCAGUGGGGAGGUGACUGAAGAAAGGCAGGGGACAUGCUGCUGCUGCUUCUGACCCUCCUCUCUGGAGAGGGGUAGGAGAGGAGCCUGGUCAGUGUGCCACAUUUCACACCCAUGCAGGCAUGGGGAAGCAACCGGCACCCCCUGUGGGCCUCAGAGCCCUCCCUGCAGUGAACCUGGGCAGGAGGGAAGAGGCCCCAGCAUUGGGGUUUGGAGUCUAGAAGGGACAUGAUAACUCUGUAAAUGUCCCCCGGGGUGGGUCGGGAGGGGGAUCUAGUGUUCAAGUGCAGAAAUCUUUGGCUUUGCUACCAGUUCUGUAUGAUGAAAAAUAAAAGUUCACCAAGGUUUUGUUUUGUA